AUGGGAAGAACACCUUGUUCUGAUAAAAACAGCCUCAAAAAAGGGCCAUGGACACCGGAAGAGGAUCAGAUGUUGACUCAUUAUAUUAAAAAACAUGGCUAUGGAAAUUGGAGGACACUCCCAAAGAACGCCGGGUUGCAACGAUGCGGGAAGAGUUGUCGUCUUCGAUGGACUAAUUACUUGAGACCUGAUAUCAAGAGAGGAAGGUUCUCUUCUGAAGAAGAAGAUAUUAUAAUUCAGCUACAUAGUAUAUUAGACAACAAGUGGUCUGCUAUUGCUGCUCAUUUGCCGGGGAGAACGGAUAACGAAAUAAAAAAUUAUUGGAACACUCGCAUUAGAAAGAUUCUGCUUCGAAUGGGGAUCGAUCUGGUGACUCAUCGUCCUCGGCUGGAUCUUCUCGACCUCUGGUGGAUCUUAAGCUCGUCUCUUUACAACCAAACCCAGGUUUUCCUUAAUCAGCCAUUAACGCAAUCUAAUGAAAUCCCAACAUGUAGUGUUCCAUCUUGUAACGAAACACAGCUCGUGAACCCUAACGUGGACCAUAAGUUUCAAUCCGAUAUCAGUGGCUUGAGUGGCUAUCAAGGCAAUGCCAUGCCUUCAAAUUUGACUGAAGAUUACAUGCCGCUACCGUCAGAUUAUAACUAUUACGGCUCCGAUCAUCAAACUGUCAUGGACGCUUCAUUCGUGUCGGUUUUAUCAACACCUUCGUCGAGCUCGACAUGCAUCAACGGUAGCAUCAUUACCGAAGACGAAAGAGACGGCUACGGCAGCAACAAUUUGGAUUUCGAAAUCUCAGAUGUUUUGGACGUUAAUGGUUUUAUGUAAUUCCAAGAUCAAAACUAAAA